GACUAGCACCUGUUACAUUCUUCAUUGUUCAACGAGAAGCCGGCCGGCAUAAAGUGCAUAACCGUUAUUUCCUCCGCGUGUGCUCUCCAAACUUGCACCAUGUCUGAACAAGCUGAAACCGCCCCCACUACGCAAGAGGAGCAGAAGACCGAGGCCCCAACUGAAGAAAAGGACGUCAAAGAGAACGGCACCGGCGAAGCCGAACCUGUUGCUGAACAAGAAAAAGAAGCCCCGAAAGAAAUGAGGGCUGUCGUCCUCAACGGAUUCGGAGGCCUCAAGUCGGUCAAAAUACUCAAAAAGCCCGAGCCUGCUCUCAACGAAGGCGAGGUUUUGAUCCGAGUCAAAGCAUGCGGCUUGAAUUUCCAAGACUUGAUGGUGCGCCAAGGGGCAAUUGAUUCGCCCCCAAAAUGCCCUUUUAUUCUUGGCUUUGAAUGCGCCGGAGAGAUAGAACAAGUGGCAGAGGGUGUCGAAGGAUUUGCGGUGGGGGAUCAAGUCGUUGCGUUGCCAGAAUUCAGAGCAUGGGCCGAACUUGUGGCCGUCCCUGCCAAAUAUGUGUUCAAAUUACCCAAAGAUAUUUCUCAUUUGGACGCCGCAGCCAUCACGAUGAAUUACGCAGUGGCUUACAUUCUUCUUUUUGAAGUAGCAGGACUGUCAAAGGGGAAGUCCAUCCUGGUUCACUCGGUCGGAGGAGGAGUGGGCCAGGCCGUAGUGCAGCUCGCAAAAACUGUCCCUGACGUUACCAUCUUCGGCAUUUGCUCCAAGGGCAAGCACGAAGCUUUAAAAAGCGCAAAUUCGCCCAUCGAUCAUCUGCUGGAGCGUGGCAGCGACUACGUCAGCGAAAUCCGAAAAGUCUCCCCCGACGGCAUCGACAUCGUCCUGGACUGCCUCUGCGGGGAGGAGUGCAACAAAGGCUACAGCCUGCUGAAGCCCAUGGGCAAGUACAUUCUCUACGGCUCGUCGAAUGUGGUGACGGGCGAGACCAAGAGCUUCUUCAGCGCCGCUCGCUCCUGGUGGCAAGUUGAUAAAAUUUCCCCUUUGAAACUUUUUGACGAGAACCGAACGAUCUCCGGUUUCAAUCUGCGGCGGCUCUUGUUCCAACAGGGCGGACACGAGUUCGUCCACAAGGCCGUGCAAGAAGUCUUCGCACUGUUCCAGCAGAAGAAGAUCAAGCCGUUGGUCGACUCCACCUGGGCGCUUGAAGACGUGGCGGAAGCUAUGCAAAAAAUGCACGACCGGAAAAACGUCGGCAAACUUAUCCUGGACCCAAGCUUAGAGCCCAAGCCUAAGCCGGCGACUCCGGCCAAGGGCAAGAACAAGGAGGACAAGAAGAAACAGUCCUCCGAAGAGAAGAAAGAUUCAGAGGAGAAGAAGGAAGAGGAGAAAAAGGAAGAGAAAAAGGAGGAACAGCUGACUAAUGGAGACUCGGCUGGAGAUUCCGGUAAAUAGAGAUAUCACAAUAGUACAAAAUUUUUACACUACAGAUUCCAAGGGGAAGGAAAACUCAAGUUGAAUCAGUUAAGUAUUGCGUUGAACAAUUAUUUCGUGUCAAAAUUUUAGCCUUUGUGUUUGGUCAAAUUGCAACGUUAAUUUCCAUGUUAUUUAGGACAGAUCUCAAAUUAACCUACCAUUUAAUCUGAGCUGUGUUAAUUUUAUAAUUGUAUAGGAGAAUAGUUAGGAUGAACAGUCAAAUAGACCACUAUUGAUAAUUUUAUAGUUUGUUCUUCAGUGUCUUUUAAUUUUAUUGUCGAUUUGUUACUGUAAGUUUUAAAGUGUUUAUUAAUUAAGAUUCUCGGUGCUAAAUUGAAAAUUGAACCCCUUCAGAUUCACUAAUUUUCGAGGUAGCACACAUUCUCAUACUUUCAAAAAUCGGGUGCACAUAUCUGUGUGAAUCAGACCAAAAAAGAAUCAUUAGGUAGCAUUUUAUACAGAAUAUUUUUCCACGCUUAGUUAGGUUUUUAAAAGUGGUAAUUGAAGUUUUUUAUCGCGCAUAUUUUUGCUAUAACUUGCUAUUUUAAGCAUAUCAGUAACGAUUAAAGUCUCGAAGCUUUUGCUUUUGACAGUACGAAAUUAAAUGUGAUUUCUCUGUUACUGUUGCUUUCCGAUUCACGUGUAAUAUCUGUAAUAAGUUGAAUAGUGUAAAUUUUGUGUGCGAUAUAUUUUCAUAAAUGAAGUGUAAGAAGGUAUAAGACGACAAGUACGUUUGUAUUUAACACUAUUUUGUUGAUAGGAAUGUAUAAUCUUUACGAUAAGCUAAAUAUAUUAUAUUGCUAUUUACCGCUUAUAUAAAUGUAAGACUGAUGUGUUUACGCUCCGCAUAUUGUUCGUUUGAAAGCCUGUAUAAUAAAUUGUAUGAUUGCCAAUCUAACAA